AUCACAGCAUCCCCGGGAAGGACCCUCCCAGGGCGGGGGGCAGCACAGGUGUUCCGUAUCACAGCAUCCCGGGAAGGACCCUCUGAGGGUGGGGGCAGCACCGGUGUUCCACAUCACAGCAGCCCUGUUUAUUUGCUGGUUUAUUUCUGGUGGGGAAACCCCUUAAGAUGCAGAGAGGAUGCAGUCACCUGGGUUUCCCAGAAGGCCUUGGGCAGUGGUGGGGACCUGUUUAUCCGGGAAUUGUUGUGGGGAGUGAGGAGGCGCCCUGCGGAGCCUCGGGAUGAUGGGAAACGGGGCUGGUGAGGGCAACGGGGCAGGGGCAGUGCAGGGUUCAGAAGGAAGGUGGCGCGUGGGCACAUUUUCCUGGUAACUGGUUCACAUGGCUGCCGAUUGCAGCUCCUGUUAGCCACAGGCAGCGAUACCAGCUGCCGCAGACCAAGGCCAACCCAGCACCGGCCAGAACUUGGCAGCCAGGGGCGUCUCCAGUGCUGGGGGCACACGUGGCCCGGGAGGCCGUUUCCAGCUCAUUCCUGCACCUCCCAAACUGCAUCAAGAGGAGCUCCUUUCUCACGCCAAAGGGUGCAGAAAGCUGCCAGGGCAUGAAUUUAAGGAUGAACAAGGUCAGGCUCCAGGACCAACGUGGAGACCCCCUGUGGAAUCCAUCGGGGCCACUCGGCUGCAAAUGGCAGGGGACAUGGCUGACACGAGAGGGGGCAGGGCGGGGUGACCUGGGACCCCAGUGUCUGACUCGGCCUCCGCGUCUCAGCUCCACUCUCCACUGUGUGGCCCCAUCUCGGUGGGCCCUGCCUUCUUCACAGCCCCGACGCCACACUGCUGAAGCGGCAGCUUUUCCUUCCAACGGUUCUAGAAAGGGCAGGAACCGAGUCCCUGACACACCAGCCCCUUGGAUACCACUUGGCCACUCCCACGGAGGCCACUCACACUGUGUGGCUGAAGCCUCGAGGUCACCAGGCGGAGGCGCGGAGAUGCCCCUGCACCCGCUGGGGGACAAGCCGCUCACCUUUCCCGGCCCCAAUUCAGCCAUGGAAAACGGGCUUGACCACAGCACGCCCCUGAGCCCCGGCUCCCUGCGCUCCGCUGCCCAUAGUCCCCUGGACACCAGCAAACAGCCCCUCUGCCAGCCCUGGGCCGAGAAGCGUGGCGCCCGGGGGACCCACGAGGUGCGGUACGUCUCGGCCGGGCAGAGCGUGGCGUGCGGCUGGUGGGCCUUCGCACCCCCGUGCCUGCAGGUCCUCAAUACGCCCAAGGGCAUCCUAUUCUUCCUGUGCGCGGCCGCAUUCCUGCAGGGGAUGACCGUGAACGGCUUCAUCAACACAGUCAUCACCUCCCUGGAGCGUCGCUAUGACCUGCACAGCUACCAGAGCGGGCUCAUCGCCAGCUCCUACGACAUCGCCGCCUGCCUCUGCCUCACCUUCGUGAGCUACUUCGGGGGCUCAGGGCACAAGCCACGCUGGCUGGGCUGGGGCGUGCUGGUCAUGGGCACGGGGUCGCUGGUGUUCGCCCUGCCCCACUUCACAGCUGGCCGCUACGAGGUGGAGGCGGACACGGGCGUCAGGACGUGCCCUGCCAACCCCAGCGUGGCGUGUGCGGACCGUACCUCGGGCCUGUACCGCUACCAGCUGGUCUUCAUGCUGGGCCAGUUCCUGCAUGGCAUGGGCGCCACCCCCCUCUACACGCUGGGCGUCACCUACCUGGAUGAGAAUGUCAAGUCCAGUUACUCGCCCGUCUACAUUGCCAUCUUCUACACCGCAGCCAUCCUGGGCCCCGCUGCUGGCUACCUGAUCGGAGGUGCCCUGCUGAACAUCUACACGGAAGUGGGCCGACGGACGGAGCUGACUACCGAGAGCCCGCUGUGGGUCGGUGCCUGGUGGGUCGGCUUCCUGGGCUCCGGGGCUGCUGCCUUCUUCACCGCCGUUCCCAUCCUUGGUUACCCUCGGCAGCUGCCAGGCUCCCAGCGCUACGCGGUCAUGAGAGCGGCGGAAAUGCACCAGUUGAAGGACGGCAGCCACGGGAAGGCGAGCAACCCAGACUUCGGGAAAACCAUCAGAGACCUGCCUCUCUCCAUCUGGCUCCUCCUGAAGAACCCCACGUUCAUCCUGCUGUGCCUGGCUGGAGCCACUGAGGCCACACUCAUCACCGGCAUGUCCACGUUUAGCCCCAAGUUCUUGGAGUCCCAGUUCAGCCUGAGUGCCUCGGAAGCUGCCACCUUGUUUGGGUAUCUGGUGGUGCCAGCAGGCGGUGGCGGCACCUUCCUGGGUGGCUUCUUUGUGAACAAGCUCAGGCUCCGGGGCUCCGCGGUCAUCAAGUUCUGCCUGUUCUGCACCGUCGUCAGCCUGCUGGGCAUCCUCGUCUUCUCCCUCCACUGCCCCGGUGUGCCCAUGGCGGGCGUCACAGCCAGCUACAGCAGGAGCCUCCUGCCCGAAGGCCACCUGAACCUAACGGCACCCUGCAACACUGCCUGCGGCUGCCAGCCGGAGCACUACAGCCCUGUGUGUGGCUCAGACGGCCUCAUGUACUUCUCGCUGUGCCAUGCGGGGUGCCCUGCAGCCACUGAGAUGAAUGUGGAUGGCCAGAAGGUGUACCGAGACUGUAGCUGUAUCCCUCAGAAUGUUUCCUCUGGUUUUGGCCAUGCCACUGCAGGGAAAUGCACUUCAACUUGUCAGAGAAAGCCCCUCCUUCUGGUUUUCAUAUUCGUUGUAAUUUUCUUUACAUUCCUCAGCAGCAUUCCUGCACUAACGGCAACUCUACGAUGUGUCUGUGACCCUCAGAGAUCCUUUGCCCUGGGAAUCCAGUGGAUUGUAGUUAGAAUACUAGGGGGCAUCCCGGGGCCCAUCGCCUUCGGCUGGGUGAUCGACAAGGCCUGUCUGCUGUGGCAGGACCAGUGUGGCCAGCAGGGCUCCUGCUUGGUGUACCAGAACUCGGCCAUGAGCCACUACAUCCUCAUCAUGGGGCUCCUGUACAAGGUGCUGGGCGUCCUCUUCUUUGCCACAGCCUGCUGUUUAUACAAGCCCCUGUCGGAGUCUUCAGAUGGCCUGGAAGCUUGUCUGCCCAGCCAGUCCUCGGCCCCUGGCAGUGCCACAGAUAGCCAGCUCCAGAGCAGCAUCUGACCACCGCCCACGCCCACCCGGCCACAGCAGGCACUCAGCAUUUCCUGAUGACAGAACGGUGCCCUUGGGUGAUGCAAUCACAUGGAAACUUCUAUUUGACCUGCAACCUUCUAGUUAACCUGUGGUUUAAAGUCAGCUGUGAACUCCUGUCCCGAGCUGUACAGCCCUUCAGUGGGUGGGAGGAACUUGCACAAAUAUAUAUUUAUGGACACAUAUUUUGCAUCAGAAGAUAUUUAUAGAAUGUAUUUUAUACCUGAUCGUGUGUGGUAUGCGUGAGGGCAAGCUCUGAGGGGCUGAAUCCCACUGGGAGGGUGCGGGCCUGCAACCCAAGGAAGGCUUGUGUGUCCUCAGUGAAAGCUGUGCAUAUCUAAAUAUAUUUUGUAUUUAAGCCUG